CUUUUUAUAAGUCAGUUAUACGAUCCUUCCUUUCCCGCGUUAGAUUUCACUUACAUCAACUGAAAAUCUCCUCAACGGUCUCUCAGUUAAUUCAUCGCUUACAAGAAGAAUUAGAAUUUAGUAAAAAGAGGAAAGCUCUAAUUUAAUUCGGUAAUGGCAAAACCAAACGAUCGGGACAGGGAUUGGGAUUUUCAUCUGAGAUCGUUAUCCAUGAAUGUUAGGGAUUCUUCUUCAGUAAACGACCCAGGUUCCGAUCCAUCUGUCUUGCAUGCUGUGAAAAAGCUUCAUGAAAUGUGUGAGGCCGGGAACUCUGAGGAUUUGGCCGCUAGGGUGUAUCCGCAGAUGAACAAGCUCUUUCAACGAUCUGUGGCAUCUCUGUCUCAGUCUCAGUCGCAGACCUCUAAUGGAAUUCUGUUACUGGCCAUUCUUCAAUUCUUCCUUGACUUUGGGGAGGUGGUUCUACAUGAUGCUGAUCCUAGCCUAAGGACAUUUUUCCGUUCAUGCUUAAGCCGUGAGUUUGCAGAUGCCAUUGUUGCUGAGGCAACCCUCAAUUUUCUGAAUAUGAACAAGAAAAAACUACUAACUUCCUUUCCUACCUUACUCCCUCAGUUCUUUCCUUUGUUACUAAAGCUAAUUGCUUGGAAUGGAGAGAAAUUACUAGAAUCAUUUCUGAAGGUUUUUCCUGGAAUGAUGUCUCCUGGGACAUUUCUUCCACUAUUUCCAUCACUUGUGGACAUGCCAAUACUGGUAGUGGCAUUGGAAAAGGUGGAACGGAGCUCAGGGCCACUAAUUGGUAGUAGCAUAGCUUCGAUCCAGAAGAGUACGGCUCCUGAGAUGCUUCUUGCACUCAUGGAUGAAGCUUAUACUGGCUCAACCAUAGAAGAUAGAGGGGGUGACUCUGAAUCUGAAGAUAGCAAUACUAUAGCUGUUGCUGAUUCUUUAUUUCUAGACCUUCUCAAGGAUGAGAAUGAUGGCCUUGCUGAGCGCCAUUGGACUUCUUCAGGGGGGAUGGCUGCAGUAUUACAGGCUGCAAUUAAUACCCCACAGUCAGAGAGACUAAAACAAGCACUCAAUAUGACACCUCGACUUCUUGACAUGUAUUUUGCUAUAGCACUACGUGAUGUAAAUAAUUCACUUAUUUGUGCAUUAAUUCCACUACUUAUGUCAAGAAUUUCCACAAUAUUUCCAGAGAAGGUUUUCUCAUAUGAGGUCCGGAAGAGGCUGUUAGAAUUCAUGCUAGCUGCAUUUCAACAAUCUCCGGAUUUCAUUGCACUGUUGAAGAAGCCCAUCAUUGACAGACUUGGAGAAGCUUAUGACAGUCCUGCUAAGACGGAAUUGGCAUUACAGUUGUGUUGGGCUAUUGGGGAACAUGGAGGUGGAGGUGGAUCUCAUAAAGAUGUAGCUCGUGAGCUCUUUGAGAGCCUAGAAUUGCUUUUGUAUGAGAAUCUUUCGUCCAGUCGUCCGGCUCUAAGUCAGGGGUCAGCUCUCGGCUCAGGUGGUGCAGCUUUCAGAAAAUCAUUGCAGGCUAGGCUUCUGUGUUUUGUUGUGACAGCCAUCGCAAAGCUUGCUACUUAUCAUCGUGAGUUAGUACCAAGGGCACGUGUAUCUUUGGCCAAGGUAGCUCGAUCUCGGAACUCAGACACUAGAGUUUGGAGGCGUGCGCGGGAUUAUUUGGGGUUAAUGAAUGAACCAGCAAUUUGUUUGUCUGUUUUGGGACCUUCUGGUGGAAACCUGCAGAAUCCUGGCACUGUCAACUGGAAGGAUGGCAGCUCAAAGAUGAUAGCUCAUAUUCCAUUUUACAUACUAAGUGGCCAAGAAGGUCCACCUUUCCAUGAUUUUUCAUUUUCUGAUAUAUUACCAAGUAGAUGACGGCACACCUUUUAAUGGAAGGAGAUGCACUGCUCUUGGAUUCAGUAAUAUACUGAUAAUGAUCAAGGUACUGGAUGAUACUUGCUGAAUUGACCAAUUGCAAGCCACAAUGCGGCCAGUUAAUGUCAAAAUAUAGCUGAGCAUCUAAUGUCAUUGAUUUUUUUUUUUCCUAUUUUUAUAUAUGCUGGGUGGUUGAAAAGAAAAACAGUAGAAAUAUAUCGCAUGGAUUUCCUUGCGCAUUUCAGAAUUUAUUGUAUGACAAGCAUACUCAAUUGUAAUCUUUUCCCAACAGACAC